UCAUCAACAAGAUGUAUGAAUUAGAUGGUGCCAAAUGUAGAAUGCACCCAAACAUUCCUAACGUGCACCAUAAAAUUUUCCAAAAUAUGAAUGGUGUAAUAUUUGAGCCGCACCAUACAAAACAGACCCGUCCUCUUCGCUGGCCAACUGUGUUUUCUUCUUCGCUCAUCAGAAUCCACAUCCCAGUUGGCAACCUUUUCAUUCUCCAUCAUCAUCAUCUUCGUUCAAAAACAACUAUUCUCCCAUCAUUGGAAUCAACCAGAGCUCAACAAUACGGAAGCAACUCCUCUCUCCAUUGGAGUUUGAAAAUUCAGGAGUGAGGGUGGUAUAAAACUACAUGACACAUUGGUGUCGGAGUUGGCACAUAUGCUCGACACACAUAAUGUCAUGCACAGUCAUUUAGGAUGGCAUGGGAUUGAUUCAAUGCAUCAACUCCACAAUGUUGAAAAUGAGACUUAUUGGGAAACGUAGAUCGGAGGGACGUACUUAUAGUACUCCAAGCGUUUCAGAAUUAGCAGCUUUAAUUGAGUGGGAUUUUGAUUUGAAUAGAAGAUAGAGGAAUGUUAUCCUUCAAACAAAAUCUCGGGAAUUUUAGUUUAUGACUGAACUGAAGCCUUCCUUUUUAGGAUUACAAUACUCACUAAUAUUCCCUUAUAGUCAAGAUGACUUUAGAAAAGACGUUUUAUUGACGUGUGCGAUGAGGUAUAUUAUACAGAGUAUGUGAAGUUUAUUAUAUGUGAUGAUGAUGAUGAUGGAAAACCGGCUAAGAAAAUUAAAUGUUGUCUGCAAGGAUGUAUAUAAUAAUUUGUAAUUUUUUUAUCUUCAUUUUCUUUUGUUAAAAACAAUAUACUCCCUGCAUAUUUAAAAGAUCACUACAUUAGGUCAUGGCACAAUAUUUAAGGAGAAAUAGUAGGGGUAAUGAAUACUGUAGAAAAACUAGGGGAGAAGGGUAAAUGUGUAUUUUUAAAUGAAAAACGUACCAAAAAGGAAAAGUAUAUCAAACUUUUAAAUACAUCCCAAAUAGGAAAGUGUAGCAAACUUUUAAAUAGGGAGGGAUUAUGUGUUGUUCUAUUUUGAUCACAACAUUUUUAUAUAUUUGCAAAUAAUUUGUUACUGACUGCAUUCACACUGGUGAAAAAUUUAGUAGAACUAUAGAAGGAAAAACAAUGGAGCACCUAAACCCACUGUCAACCAUUCCAUCAGAGAUCAGCCGGGACAUAUUUUCAAGACUGGAAGUGAGGCAGCUGUUGAUAGCCCAGUGUGUGAGCAAAGAGUGGUACUCCUUCAUACAACACAUCAAGCUCUCCUACACCGGGCAGCCACGAACUCUCCUCCUCACGCUUAGACCCUGCAGGGACGGAGAACAUUGGGAAGUGAGAUCAAUAAGCCCUGAUCUUCGCAGCCAAAGACUGCCCGACUUCACAUGUCAUCUUUCUUCGGUCAACCAUUAUGCUAAUGCUUAUAGCUCAAGAGUUUGGGGUUCUUGCAAUGGGUUUGUGCUGGUUGCAUAUGGAAAACACAUUCUGAUGUGGAACCCACUUACCAGCUGGUCUACUAAAGUUCUGGAGCUGCAAAGCCUGCAUGGGUAUAUUGUGAUGGGAGGGCUUUGUUACAAUCCAUUCACGUCAGAUUACAAGGCUGUCUUAUUACUUAGAACUGCGGAGGAGGUCCAUGGUCAAUGUGUUAUUGUUUCUAGUCUGAAAAAUAAGGAGUGGACAGAAGUGUCCUUCCCGUAUCUCUAUAUGGCUUCCCGAGAUAGUGUCAACUUUAACAAUACAUUCCAUUGGAUAGUAAGAUCUGAACAUGGGCAUAUCCAUGAUUAUUUUGAUGAUUUGAGAUGCUGCAAUAGGAUUGUUUACUUCGAUCCGGUUGAUGACACUUUCAAAAUUUUGCCCUCCCCUAAGCCGAUUAGUCCAGAAGAAGAAGACUCGGUAGUCGGUGCGGGAAUCAUAGAUGGAUGUUUCUGCAUGGCUCGGAAGGAUAGUUGGAGGCAAGUGAUCCAAGUUUCAGUUAUGAAAGAAUAUGGAAAAGCAGAGUCUUGGAUCACAUACUUUUCCAUGUCCAUCUUGAAAUUUGCACCACAGGACGCUUACGACCUAAGGUUUUUGUCUCAAAAUGGGAAUAAGGUACUGGUGACAUCUCGCAGUUUUGGGAGAACUUAUGUUUAUGUUGUUGAAGAAGACAAACUAGAACGAGUAGGUUUUGAUGGUGAUUGCACAAUCAGUGCUUGUAUUUGUUUCUACAUUGGAAGUUUUGAUUUGCCACGCGAAGUUAGUUGGGGGUAUGAUGAUGAUGAGCACAAAUGUAGCAGGGUUUUCUUAUGAUUAUAAAAAUAUUUACUAUGGCAUUUAGAUAUCAAUACUUCAGAUAAGAUAGCUGAUAACUAACAGUCUAAUGAAGAGCAUACAUAUAGAGCAUUUUUAGAUUUUUAUGAUGCAGUUAUAUAUAUUCAACCGGUGCUAUUUUAUCCUUUGGAAUAUCAUUUCAUACCUUUUCCCAUAGAAUGACUAUAUUUAGCCAUCUUUGGGUCUGGUACUCUGGUGUAUGAUCUUAAGGAGUUUUGAACUUAAGCCCC